UUUUAUCUGUCGUAGUCUCAGCACUGUAGUAGCGGCAAGCCGAUUUGAUAAAUGCUUAUCGGUCAGUCCAGGCAAUUCGAAUAUUGUGGAAUAAAUUUCGCAUGAAAUGGAGGAAUUAGAACGCAUUUAUCUGUUUUAAACUGUUAGCAACAGUUCUGUGUUUCUAGUUAAAUUAAAAAUAGGAAAAUGUUAUCAAGGACUGGUAUAUUUGACAAAUAAAAUAGGAAAUUUAAAAGGAUUAUUCUUCACUCACAGACACAAUUUAUAAACGCUAAAUUGCCUUUUGUGCGAUUUAUCUUGACAAGGCAAUUCGAUUGAGGAUGAGGCUAUCACAAGUUCUGGUGUUACUCGUGAUGAUUCAUUAUUCUUCUUGUGCUGUCGGGACAAAUAUAACAGGUCGAUGUAAAGGAAAGAUGGGGAUUUAUGAGAAAGACUAUUUCAACAGAAACGCAUGUGCCUGGUGCUACUUUUACUUGUUUCGGCGGAACAAUUUUAUACCACUUUAUGGAGAUUAUUUAACAGUGAUGACUAAUGGUUCAAAAUAUCCAAUAGGUACACAAUUGAUUGCCAAUCCGCAUAACAGUACAUUACGACGUCAAGUGUGUUCAACUUUAGAUGGGGACGAGUGCGACAUAUGGACGAUUUGUUGUAACGACGCCCGUGCAUGUUGUGAAAGACAAUUAGCUGAAGGUUACCGAUCAGUUAACACUUCUUGCCCUUUAGUGUGGGAUGGUUACGCGUGCUGGGAUGGGGGAACUCCUGGCAAAAACAGUUAUUUGAGCUGUCCGACCUAUCUUCCGUAUUCUAUUCCUACAAAAAUGGCUGUAAAACACUGUCGUGAAAACGGUACAUGGUUUACAAAAGAUGGACGUGAAUGGACGGAUUAUACUUCUUGUCUUAUGUACAAGGAGAUACGUGUCACUAUUUACAUAUCAGUUGGCUGUCAGGUUGCAAGUUUACUACUAUUGGUCCCAUCUGUCAUCAUAUUCCUCUUAUAUAAGAAUCUAAGACGGCAACACAGAAUCCGAAUUCAUAUCAACUUUUUUAUUUCAUUCAUCAUAUGUAACACACUUGGGCUUAUGUGGAAUCUCUUUGUAACAUACGACAAAAUUACCAACCGCCAUAUGAAAGACACACUGAUGCAUAGGAAUACAGCCACUUGCAAAUUGUUGUCUUUCUUGAAGCUGUAUUUUGCAAGCACAAACUAUUCGUGGAUGUUUUGUGAAGGGUUUUAUCUUUAUCGACUGAUAGCAAAUGCUUUCUCUCCUCCAAAAAAACUUCUGUUUAUAUAUUUAGCAGGUUGGGGUAUUCCGUUACUAUUUUGCGGAGCAUACGCAGUAAUUAGAGUAGUGUCCGCAAAUGAAAGUUGCUGGGCUAUCAGUAUUGGGGACAAGGAAUAUAUCAUAUACGCACCAAACUUGGCUUGCCUUACAAUCAACAUUUUCUUCUUGUGUAGUAUUCUUCGAAUUUUGUUAACACAACUUCAGGCACACCCAAAUGAACCGAGUAAUUUCCGUCGUGCCUUGAAAGCAACAUUUGUUCUUAUUCCACUUUUUGGUGUUCAACUGGCCAUUACUAUAUACAGAAAGGAGCCUCUCAAUCAAGUGGCUGUACAUUACGAGAGAUUUACAGAAAUAGUUAUAAACUCACAGGGACUUAUUGUUGCACUGAUAUUCUGUUUUUUCAAUGGAGAGGUUGCAACACAAAUCAUGAGAUCCAUUAGACGCUACCAUAUGGAAAGACAUUCUAGUUCAAAACGGUUGAAUGCCACAUUGAGUCUUCACUUUAAUAACUCAGUUGGACAAAGAACAGAAAUUACUAAUUCUAGGAAAGAUAGUUUAGAACCUUGUUUAAGUGAUGGGCUAAGUCCUUCAACGCCCCAUUCCCGUGAAUCCCAGCCACUGUAAACGUCUGCAGUUAAUACGUCUAUCAGAAUGUUUAAAUCGAAAUUCUUGUACUCUGUAUUUCAAACGUUUUUUAAAGAUAUAUUGCCCCUACGUUUUCAAAUUGUCUUAAUGAGGUAUUAUUAAACGUGUGUGCGUCAGAUACUGUUAUAGUUUUCUUUCCGUAAUCAACAAAAUUAUCUACAAUGUUGGUGCUAUUAUCUUGCAUUAAUUCCCUACCCCGAAAGUACCAA